AUGGCGAUCCAAGAGCCAUUGACCGUGGUUCCCUCCAACGACGACAAGCACCGCGACAUCUCGCACGUCGAGACGCCCGACGAUGACCAGUUCCAGAAGCUGCCCAAGAUCGAAAAGGUCGACGAGUUUGGCGCCCAUGCCAAGACCGACCCCAAAGAGAUUGCCCUCGUCAAGAAGCUUGACUAUUACAUGCUGCCCAUUCUCUGGGUCAUGUAUUUUUUCAACUUCCUCGACCGCAAUGCCAUGAUCAGCGCCAGAAUCAACAGCAUGGAGGAGGACCUCGGUCUCAAAGGCACCGAGUACCAAACCUGCGUGUCCAUCCUCUUCGUCGGAUACCUCUGCGGCCAGAUCCCCUCCAACAUGAUCCUCAACCGCGUCCGGCCCUCGUGGUACAUGGCUGGUUUCUGCCUCGCCUGGUCCAUCCUGUCUCUCCUCACCUACAAGGCCUCGAGCUAUGAGAGCAUGCUCGUCUGCCGCUUCCUGCUCGGAAUCACCGAGGCGCCAUUCUACCCUGGCGCUCUGUACAUGAUCUCCAUGUUCUACACCCGCAAGGAGAUUGCAACCCGCAUGUCCAUCUUCUACACAGGCAACAUUCUCGCCAGCUCCUUCUCCGGCCUCAUUGCGGCUGGUGUCUUUGCUGGGCUCGAUGGCAAGAUGGGUUUGGCUGGCUGGCGAUGGCUCUUCAUCAUCCAGGGCGCCGUGUCCAUUCUCGUGGCCAUCGUUGCCUUCUUCACCCUGCCCGAUAGCCCGCUCCAGACCAGGUGGCUUACCCCCGAAGAGCGACAGCUCGCCCACAACCGAAUUGUCAUCGAUACCACCGGCCGCCGUGAGGGUACGAGCGUCUGGGUUGGCCUUCGCGAAGCCGUCGUCGACUGGCGCACUUGGGUCUUCUGUCUCAUGGACAACAUGCAUCUGUCGGCCAAUGGAUUCAAGAACUUCCUGCCCACCGUCAUGAAGACCCUAGGAUACAACUCUACCAUUACUUUGGUCCUCACCGCUCCCCCAUACAUCUUUUCUGGGUUUGUCUCGAUCGGCGUUGCCUGGUCUUCAGGCCGCCACAAUGAGCGUACCUGGCACACCACCAUCAGCAAGCUCGUUGCCAUCGGUGGCUUUGUUCUGUCUGUCUGCACAUUGAACGUCCCUGCUCGCUUCGUUGGCAUCAUGCUGUUCGUCGGUGCCUCGUAUGGCGUGAACAACAUCAUCAUCGGCUGGACUGCGAGUGUGCUCGGACAGACAGAUGAGAAAAAGGCUGUCGCAAUCGCCAUGGCCAACACCUUCGGCAACAUGGCCAGUAUCUACACACCAUACUUGUGGCCUGCGUCUGAUGCGCCGCGCUAUUUGAAGCCAAUGAUGGCCAGUGUUGGCUUCUCCGCGGGUGUCAUCAUCUGUGCCUGGAUUCUGCGCAUUGCUCUACAGAGGGAGAACAAGAAGAUGAGGGAGCGAAACGAGGGAGAAUCCAACUUCUAUGUGUACUAG